AUGGCCUCAAAAACGCUGCGAAAAUUGCUGACUGAACUCAAGCACAUCUCGUCGGAGGCGAACGCGAACGAUUCCCUCGCGGCCAAGUACAUCACGGCGCAGUUCAGGAAGUUUGAAACAACGGAGCAGCAGCACUGCCGCGCCAAGGAGGAGAUGCAGUUCGCGGCAAAUACGUACCUCUGCUAUCUCGAGAGUGUCCGCAAGCUGAAGGAACUGAACGCGGCGUACAGCGGUCGAGGGGAGCGGAGCAUCCGCGAAACGGCCGACAUGGUCGGGUUCAAGUUGCCGCACGAUCCCAAGUAGGAUGUGUGAUUGGAAAAGUAAUGGUAGAGUUUAAUAAACGGUUUUAAAAAUCGA